GGUGGAUCCGCGCGGGCGGGGGGCCCAGCGUGGGCUCCGUGCAUCCCUUGCUGGCUUCAGCCGACCCAGAGGCACGAGCUCACCUCCCCCCCCUCUCGUCCCCAGGGUCUCCCGGUUCUCCGAAGCCUCUCGAGCCGCCCUGCCCUCGCCAUGCUGCGCCUGCUGCCAUGGGUCCGUGCUCUGACCCGAGAGAGCGUGCGGCCCGGAGUCCUGCAGGGCCUGGCUGCUGGUGACAGGAGCGGGGCCGGGAUGUAUCCCACCUGCUACUGUGCAGGCAAAGCUAAGCAGCGGGCGGUGCUGCUCCCCCUGGACCCCUAUGGCCAUGGGCUGCUGCACACCUUUCCCCCGGACGCCUACAGGACUCGAGGCCAUGGCAAGAGGAAGAGCUGGAACUUCAUCCACGAGAAGAUGAGUUAUGACACCUUCUUCACAAUGAAGCGUCUGAUAGAGCGCUCGCGCAGCGUGGGGGAAGUGCUGCGGUGGGUCACGCAGAACCCCAGCAAGGUGUCCGCCAGCCACUACCCCAUCGCCCUGCACAAGCUGGGCCAGCUCUUGCAGCAGCAGCAGCAGGGCCAGGCCACAGUGAACGGGGAGAGCCGUGGGCCCAGCCAGAUGCUGGAGCAGCCAGAGUUUCAGACUCUCUGUCAGGCCAUCAUCAGCGGCUGCUCCAAGUUCGAUAACUUCAGCAUUGUCAACUGCCUGUACGCUGCUGCCGCGCUGGGCCUGCCUGGGGAAUCGCCACUGGUGCGAGUGCUGGAGGACGAAUCCCGCAGCCGCCUGGGCCGCUUCAACCAGAAGGAUGUCUCCAUGGUCUUCAGCAGCGUGAUGAGGCUCCACCCGUCCAGCCCUCACCCCCUGGUCGAGUCCUGCCUCAGCAGCUUGGAGCGGCACCUGGAGAAGGAGCGCCAUCCCCAGACCCUCUUCCUGCUCCUUUCCUACUACCGGCUGCGGGCGCAGGCGCUGCAGGGACACCCGGCCUCUGACCAGCAGCUGAUCAACAACCGCAAGAUCCUGCGCCUCGUCAGGCACACGCUGGGGCAAGUGAGUGCCAUGCGGGAGCACGAGCUGGCCCUCUUGGACGAGAUGCUGGCUCUGUGCGCCCAGGAGGCGAACAACAAGGCCCUGGAGGCCAUCUUCAGCUCUCAGCUCUUCUACGAGAACCGCCAAGAGCGAUUCAUCCGCAGUAUGGCAGAGUGGCUCCCCAGGAAGGCAGAGAACCUUACCCCCUACACCAUGGCCCUCAUCGCCAAGUACGUGGCCCGGCACCGGCUGCGUGAGCCACGGCUGCUUGAUACCAUUGCAAACUUUCUCCUGAAGCGUGGGGAGCAGCUCGACAGCAAGGUGAUCCAGAAGCUGGUGUUUCCCUUCAGCCGCAUGAAUUACCGCCCAUCCAACCAUAGCGAGCUCUUCCCCAAGCUGGAGGCCAUCCUGGAGCAGAAAGCCGGCAGCUCACCCCUGGCGACCGUCAACAUCCUCAUGUCCAUGUUUCAGCUUAGCCACUUCCCCCAGACUGUCCUGCACCAAGUCUUCUCCCCAGCCUUCAUCACCAAUGUUAUGAGUACGUUGGGCCUUUUCCAGGGUAAACCCAGCUGUGCGGCAGUGGAGCUGGAGUUCCACGAUUACAGUGGCCCACGCCUUGACCCGCGCUACCGCGUCCUCAUGUUCGAGCACGCCCUGACGGCUGACGAGGCCAACAGAAAGUACAGUUACAAGGGGCUGGUGGCCGAGGCGCUGCGGCAGCUGGUGGGAGAAGAGUGCUAUCGGCAUGGCCUGAGGGUGGGAGACUUCCUGCUGUGGAUCAACCGCUCAGGCACUGUGCUGCCUCUCUCCCGUGUUCCUGCGGCUUCCAAGGCUCCCUCUGUCCACACUACAACAUCCCCUGCCGCCAUCUCCUUGCGCUCGAGCGUCCUGGCCCUCACCUCGGACUUGCAGGACUUUGCCCCGUUUGCUCCAGAGACGCCAAGUAGCCCCCCGGGCUCCCGUGAGAACAACCUGGCCGGGCGGUUCCUACCCACGCUUUGCCCUGCGCCGGGGGGCCCCUGCUACCAGCCCCCCUCGGACUAUUACUGCGGCCUGAGCAAAGAGUCUUCCCUGGAGAGCCAGGGCAGCUCCACCUUAAGCAGCCCUUCCGAGUGCCUCUCCACGCAGCCAGCUGGCACCCCUGACUGCUCGCCCAGGGGCACCUCUGCAGCCACCCUCUUCCAGUUCCCCAUCGGCAAGAUUCUGGAGGAGGAGGAGGAGGAGGCAGCUACCGCCGGCUGCCCUGGGCGUGAUCACAACUGCUUCCAGGGGGAGCAGGCUCAGGAGGAACCGGAGGAAAGGAGCCCGCCCCGCAGCGAGGACACCUGCCCUCCGCCCUCUCCAUGCCGGCCCAGCACCAAGCGAGGGCCCGGUGACGGGCCGCAGGCAGCUGAAGAGAUUCAGAGGGUGGUGCUGUCGGUCAAUGACAAAUGGCAUUACUGCCAGAACUCCGACAUACUGGUGGGCUCGCGAGCCAUGAGGGACAGGCACUUGCGACUGCUGGGCUACUGUCUGGUUCAGCUGCCCUACACGGAGCUGGAGAAGGUGAGUGGCAUCGAGGAGGCCAAGCACUACCUGCGGCAGAAGCUGAGGGAGCUGUGCUUCUGAGGGACGCUGCCCCCUGCCCCCGGGCACGGGCGGGGAGGGGGCAGAGCGGGGUGGGCACGGGUGG